GUCGCCACUUAUCGCUGAAAACGCUGGCUGAUAUGACUCACUAGCCGCUAUCUGGCGUAAUUCGCUGGCAUCGUUUUUGUUUAACGCCGACGACGACAUGUCCGAGACAGUUAAAUCGACCUUGUCGGCGGACGCCUCUCCCUUCGUGCCCAGAAACUUCGGCGGUGGCAGCGUCGAAGCGCCGCCAGCAGCAGUCGGCGACGGGGAACUGGCGUACGUGCCGCCAACGGAGACCCUCCAAACGCUCUACGUCGCACAAAUCCCGUCCGGUUACUAUGCAUCGUACGUGCCGACGCUGCCGUUCUACACGGUGCCGUACCCUUGUAUUUAUCAGGCGCCAGCUCCCGUGGAAGCGAGCCUACCUGACCAAACACAUUCCAAAUCGACCCAGGGUGUCCGCAAGUCGAAGAAAAAACCCAAGACAAAUCGACGCAGGGAACAACAGUCUACGCGAGAUAUUGGUGUGCUGUCACCCGAUCCGUCGGUGCUGUCCGACGGCCAGGGGACCAAGGUUACCGGGAAGGCGAUUAACUCGGACGUGUCCACAGCUAGUCCAGACUUGGCCAACAAUGCGGAGUUCCCUUCGCUAUCCAUGGAGGAUCGUCCGGCGCCCGUCGGCGAACGUUUGGGCGUGAGCUACUCGACGGCACUACAGCACAGCAGCAGCAAAAAGCUCCUGGCAAGCAGUGCACCGUCUGCGGUGCCGGAAGAACACGUUGGCAGACCGCCAGAGUCCCAGCGGAGGAAGGGUGCGGCCCGCAGAGGAGCUCGCACGGCGGCCGCCGUCGCCGAAAGUGUCGACCACAACGCACUUCCAACAAGGCCUUGCGGCGGCGAGGCAGAUGCGACGGCGCAAUUGCGAAGAGGAAACUCGUCGUCUGCUCGUCGACUACGCAGGAAACCACACGACGGCGGCGCAGACAAGCGCCAGUUGCCUCCGUCGUCUCCGGGCCCCGAGACAGCGGAGCAGCGGGCCGACGAAAAGGUCGCCGCAGAGGAGGCUCCGCAGCGGAAGAAUGCCGGCGUUGGCAGAGGAGUCAGAAUGAGCACGGGGAGGAAAGAGGGGCACCACAGCACCCUGGCACGGUACGUGAUCAAGGCCGAGCAGAGGGGACGCAGGCGCACAGACGGGCAGCCUUGGGCAAGGCAGGAAGCGAGUGCGGAGGACGGCACAGACGCGAAAUCCGUCAGAAGGUCCGACGCCGACGUCGGAAUGCAAGAGCCUCUUGACAGUUGCCGGGAAGUGUCGGACUCCAAGGGAGCUCGGGAACCUUCCGACGGGCCUCACGAGUCUUCGGGCUCGAAAGAACCGCAGGAUCGGCCCAGUCAGUGCUUUGAGUCCGAGAGCGCCGACAGUGUGAACAACCUGAUGGACUAUCCUCCGCUGGGGUCGUCGGUUCCUCUACGACGUUUAGGAGAGCCCAAGAAGCCAGAGCCAGUAGACACCACUUCUAAGCUGCCUCCAAAAGGAAAAGGGAAGCCGGGUGCACCGUUGAAACCCCUAGCAUCCACUAACAGUGCAAGACCAAAGCACAAGGCUGCAAUCAGCAUGGCAAUUGCAGACAUAAUGGUGCCCAAGCAGAGGCAGCCGAAAAAGCUCAAGGAAAACCUCGUGGAGAGGACCAGCAAGAAGGCAGAGGCGCAGAGGGCACCCGCCAACACCCUGGACUCCUCGGCGCCCGUCAGAAAGAGGGGCAAAGAGCGGGAAAUGCCGGCUAGGAAAAAGCUCACUGUGAUGAAAAAAAUUAUCCUCAAAGAGCGCGAAGAACGGAAACAGCUUCUGGCAAGAGUCAAGCAGGCAACACUAGCGAGGCAAAGCCUGAUAGAAAAUGCCAGCGAAACUUGUUGCUUGGAGGACGGCUUGCCUCAGCAAGAGACCAAACAACUUCACUCGACAAGGUUCAGAGAAUACUGCGAUCAGAUGUUGAGUGUAGAAAUCAAUCAGGCAACCAAAGCUCUCAUUACAGACUUGGUUUUCUUUCAAGAUCGACUUCAUCAAAAAGAUCCAAUCAAGGCUAAAUCAAAACGGCGGCUUGUCUGUGGCUUGAAAGAAGUCAAGAAGUACCUCUUACUCAAGAAACUGAAGUGUGUUGUUUUUGCACCUGACAUUGAAGAGGUAAAAGCAGAAGGCGGACUGGAUGCCUCACUGCAGGCCCUCCUCCAGUUUGCGAGGAGCCAUUUUGUGCCCACGGUCUUUGCUCUGAGGAGGAGAACCCUGGGGUCCCUGGCGCGCAAGAAGGUUCCCAUCAGCUGCAUCGGCAUCUUCGACUACAGCGGCAGGGAGGAACAAUACAAACAUCUGCUGGAGCUGGUGGCUGCUGCGAGAGAAGAGUACAGUGUUCUAAGAGCUGCCGCCACUGUGAAUGGGACCAGAGACAGCCCUCAAGGUGCAGCAAAAUCAACCAGAAGUGUGCACGCUUCGUCAUUGGGUGUUUCCAAUGACGACGAGUGGACAACAGCCAAUGAGGAGUCAGACAACGAACAAGAACACUCUGUUGCUGCAAUCACGGACAGGGUGGCAGAAAUACUCGUAAAUUCAAUGAGGGCAGUGAACUGAACGUGAUUCCAUGGGACUGGGAUUCAAAAGCAAAUACGGCAGGUCAUGAAUGUUUUCUAUUGUUACGUUAAAGGGCAACUCUGGUCGAAAACGAAACCAAAAUAAAUGACUGGUAUCGCUUUAGUGGUGCGAAAUAUGAUCACAGCCGAUAUAUUACGUCAAAGUGAAGCCGCAUACUUCACUAAAACAGACUUUAAAGAUGCAACCAGCUGCUCUUUAGCAGAUGGCAAGUGUGUUAGCUUUUAGUCAAGCAACACUGGGCGAUGACGUAACCUGGCAUCACGGUGGUACUUUGGUUCUUCUUCCACGUUUUCUCUUCGUUAUUUAAAGUAGUGAUUAGAGCUGCUUCCCACAUUUUCCGGUCUUUUUGUUUCAUUUUACGGUUUCAGUGAGCCUCCAGUAUAUCCCUUUUCAGUAUAAUAGUGCUCCUGUGUGGUCCGGGAGCACCCACCUGAAACAGCCGUACAGCAUGUGAAACUCACACCGCUCAAUCGUGUGAUUCUUCAGUAUUAAUUUCAUAGCUCAUCUAUACCACCGAUCCUGAUUUUCGCGAGCCAGAAGCAAGAAUAUAGCAAUGCAGCCACGCUGCACGUCUUGCGCCAGUACCCAGUGGCUGGCAUCGACUUUUUAGCCGCUAGCUUUAUGGAUACGCAGUGAUCUUUCCUACAUGCGCUGUAUACGUACGAUGCAAGGGACCAAAAGAGAAGCAGCUUACCUUAUUUCUUGGAAUUGAUUCUGCACGUCGCACCGCAGCACCACCUUGACGUCACGUCGUGGCCGUACAGCUGAUGACCAGUGUUGCCAUCUCUCUCCAGCAGAUAGUUUUGGUUUUGCCGUAGACUCCCGAAACCAAACUUUGAGCCAUGUUUAUAAAACUUCACACAAUAUGGGGGGCGGGGGAAUUACACCUUGUAAUUCAGGGACACUGACUGGGCUGAAAACAGUCGUAAUCCCAAAUUCGAAAAUAUUGGCCAGAGUUGCCCUUUUAAGUACAUAUGAAUUAAUGGUUGGGUGCUGUGCACUCUUGUUGAGUUAUAUGGGAAACAAAAAAUGAAGUGCACAUGGUUUCUCGUAAUCAGUAGCGUGUGAAACGAAAAAUGAACUGUACAUGUUUUUGUUUUUCUCGAAGAGCAGUGCAUAUAGUUAUUUUUGUAUGUUGUGAAGUGCUUGGCACCAAUAAAUCACUAUGUCAUGUUUCA